AAAACCCCGACUGGAACAUAUUUACUGGAAAAGUCAUUAUAAAGUCUAAUUUAUAUGAAUAUUAGCAAAAUAAUCUAUAAUAUUCCCACUUUUUUGCUGUCAAAAGUGAAUUUUGCAAACCUAUUUUGUGAAGAAAAAACCAAGAAUCCUUUAUUGAAGUUUUUUUUUUUCUGCUGUGACGAAAUUGUCCAAACAAUAGCCUAAUUCCUUUCCAUAACUUUUGUAUAACCUGGUAAUAUUUCUUAUAGAGGUUCUUUUGGAAAUACAGAUCCAAAUAAAAUACGAGUUAUUAGGUUUUUUAAAUACGUAAUUAAUAAACAGAGUAAAAAUGUGACUUCUAGCCUUAAAUCGUCCAUGUAUUUUUCAAUCUUAUUUUAACAGCAAGGAAAUUCGUAGUAUCACAAAAUAUUUUGCUGUGAUUUUAAACCAGAAUAUUGAGACACCCGCAUAUAUUUACCCUCCAACACACCAACAAUCUUUUGAAAUCAAAUAGCUUACUGAAUAGAGCUGCUAUCACGUGGUGGAAACGCAGUCUGCUCUUUUAGACGUUUACACCAAAACAUAUUACUGAGUUUCUCUAUAAGCCUGUUGCUUUUUGCUCAUACAGGUGGCCUGAGCAGCGACAGCUUCGGCGUGGAAAAGCGGGACCUUGAUCUGCCUGACCCGGGCAAGUUUUCUCCGCACAGCGCGCCUGUCGCCUACACGGGGAAAAUUUCCAUCGACGCGCAGGGAAGUUGGAGUCAAGAGGGAAUAAUCAACUUCAUCAGUGCAGGAGUGCAGGACCGGUCCACAUCACCAGGAUCGUUCUCCACGGGCUCGCCCGCAGGUCCACCUUCAGACUGCUCCAAAAUAGUCCAAAAUCUUCCCAACAUGGAGCACAUGUACACAGGGCCACCCCCUUACACCUGUAGCGCCGAGGGCUAUCAGGACCCUUCGGUCUACCUGUCGACCACUACAUGCCCAAUAACAUACGCACCUCCGUCAUACUCGGCCCCAAAAUCAACCAUAGACGGGGCGCUUUUCUCCAUCAUUCCCGAUUAUGGGGGCUUUUAUCAGAACAGCAGCUGCCAAAGGGACAACAUGGCAGUUUUUCAGGAUAUCAAGCCGUUUUCGUGCUCUUUGGAGUCUAUUAGAGUCCCACCACCUCUGACUCCCUUGAACACUAUAAGGAAUUUUACUCUGGCGUGUCCGGUGGACGGCUCAAGGCCGCCGUUAGACGGCACCAACCCGCAGAAUGUCCCACUCAGGCCAAUACUGCGGCCACGGAAAUACCCGAACCGACCGUGCAAGACGCCGGUGCACGAGCGCCCGUAUCCGUGUCCGGCCGAGGGAUGCGACCGGAGGUUUUCGCGCUCGGAUGAGCUCACGCGUCACGUCCGCAUCCACACCGGACACAAGCCGUUUCAGUGCCGCAUCUGCAUGCGCAGCUUCAGCCGGAGCGACCACCUCACGACCCACAUCCGCACACACACGGGCGAGAAGCCCUUCUCCUGUGACUUCUGCGGCAGAAAGUUCGCCCGAAGCGACGAGCGAAGGAGGCACACAAAAAUCCACCAGAGACAUAAGGACAGAAAGCUUUCUGUGGGCCCUCACAGCUCCAGCGCUGGGGGAAACUGAUUAGAUAGCACAUACAUGAUGUGACCCCUGGGUUCGUCAACCUGGACCUUGUUUGUGUGCACACAAAAAAAUACGAAGGCAGCUUAUGAAUCUUAAUGUUGAAUGUGGUUUGUUGUAGAAGCUAGUCGUUAUCACAGAAUAUUUCAUGUGGUGCAUAAUGCAGUUGUUCUGAGAAAUAGUGUUUACAGUGAGUCUUUUUGUUGACUAUUAUUGUUACGUGUCUUAAUAAAAUGAUAAUAAACA